AGGGUCGAUAUACUAGCGUAUAAAAAACAAUAAACAAAAAAAAAUAGGAAGAAAUAUUUAUUUAUUAUGUUAUUCGUUAUUGUUAUAAACAUAUAUAUCUUUGUCCACUGUAUCUUAUACUAGCAUGUCUAUGUUUUAUAAUCAUUAGCUGUUCAUUGAAACCAAUUUAAAAGUAUAUCAUCAUAGACGAAUUCUAUUAUUUAUGUAUUAUUAUAAUUAUAAAAAACUAUAUAAUAAUUUGGAACAACUUCAAACCAGGAAUUUCACCAUAUUUAAAGCUUUAAAGUUGGACACAGUGACACCACCCAUUCGGCGUAUUGGUUACGUCACAGGAUCGGACCAAUCCCGAAUUAAUAUGUAAAUUUGGCAAGAUAAAAUUUGGAGAAGAAAUUGAAGUGAAAAUUGGAAGAGGAAGACUCGAGGCCAUUUUGCAAGGAUCAUCGGUAGGAUGCAGACCUAGUCCACGUACCUAAUUGUUUAAAAGCUUUAAUUUCUGUUUCAUGUAACUUAAUCUUCGUUUUCUGUUUUUUAAAAAGUUGUUCCAAAGUUCCUAUAAUAAUUGUGAUAUCAAGAUUUUAAAUUUCAUUUAAAUAAACCCCUAAAUUAUAUCAGUGAAGUCUGUUCAACAUUUUUCGCCACGUGGAAGGACCCAGCCGGAACGAUAUAUUCUACGGCCGAAUAUAUUUCGAAAAACCAAAAAACGGAAACAAAAGUCUACGUAAGUUGUCGAAUAUAAAAGGGGAUCCCCAUAAAUCUGCGAAAAUUGUACAGCGCAUAAAUUCGUUCAGUUAGAAAAGUCAUGACUAUAGUUUUAAGGGUACAAAAACUUAUCAUAAUUAAUUUUUAUAAUAUUAAAUACAUUUAACUAUCCACGCUGUACUUAGCUAAAAGGUCUAUUUUCCUUAGGCGAAACCACACCCUGAGAAUAAUUUCAAUUGUUAAUUUAUUCUAUUUUCUGAAUCACUAUUUCAUAUUAACUUGUUUUUUCUUGUUGAACUAAUUCAGUUUAUGACCCUUUCCAAGGGCUAUUAUCCAUUUCAUUUUGUUUAAUUGAAGAAUACCGAACUUUCUAUAUAAUAUUUAUAAAUUAAAGAUUCAAAUCUACUAUCAACCAAUAUUUAUUUUGUAUCUAUCGAAAAUUAUUAUUCACAUAAUUUGUUCAUUAAUUUAUUCCAUAUUUGCUGUAACAGUUUAUCUAUCAGAAUAUAUCCAUAUUACCGUUUUGUUAAACUGGAUUUACUUCAUUUUACCUCCAAAUUCGUUCUUUCUCGACUGACACACAUUGAUCAUUCAGGACACGUCCUGUUUUGCAAUAGUCAGACAGUAGCGAGUAUAGUAUCUAUCAUUAGACUAUUAUCUAUUCUGGUGGUAAGUGGUGGUCGUUUUUCUUAUCAAGUAAUAAAUUCUGUCAUUGGGAGUAUCCCACAGAAUCAAAUAGUAAAUCGACUCCCACCGGCCUGCUACACCGAGGUGAAGUGAAUCCCGCAUCAUCAGCCGAUCAACGUUGAAAAGAGAGGUAAUAGAUCGUAUAGACAACGUUAGAAUUAAACUCGGUGCUCGAAAUAUUUACUAUUUUGGUCCAGCACUUCGCUACAUAACCUAUAGUAUUUAUCAGAGACCUGGUUCGCAUGGAUUUGCCAUUCUACCUGUUGUUUCAUACGGUCUAAUAUCUUUCCAAAUUACGGCACAAGUAUUGGAUUCUGGAUAUAUUGGUCAUCACUUGGAGAAAAGGUUCACUCCAAAGUUACUAUCUCUGUUGGAUCAUAGUGACAACAGGAUUUAUUUUCAGCAGAUUCAAGUUGCACUGUAUUUUAUUAUUAAAGUGAAUUUAAUUCCACCUCACUAUAUUAUAGCCACCUACCAUAUUAAGUUAGAGUCUCAGAUCCCUUACUUCGGCUACCUUUGUAGACCGUCAAACCCUCUGCUGUGCAAAUUAACUUUUUCAAUCUGUCCCAUCCAUAUAUUAGUCAUUCUGCUUCAAUACAUCGACUUAAGUGAUAUCGACAAUUCGAUUAAACAAACAUCAACCGAUCUAACCUACAAAUAUCUAUCAUUGAAUCAUAACCUCAAAUAUUACAACCGUUUAAUUAUCUUAUUUAAUCAGACUAUUCUAAUCAUAAAUCACUUAUUCAUUUUGCGUCCUCUUCUUUCUACGGAACAAAACAGUGGGGCAUUAAACGUUGAGGAAUAUUGCCCAUGGUUUAUGAUUGUAGUUUUGGUUUAAUUGGUAAGAGUUUAUAAUUAUCAAUUUUAGUGCAUGUUCAUGCCCCUCCCAGGAGCAGAACUUGACACAUGACGCUUCAACGUGAGGCCGAUAUUUGACACAUGGCGCCCAACUGUGUUAGCCUCUGAUGAGACCCCUAGGCAUGUACAGCUACACCAUUAGAUUACAUAAUUAUUUCACUAGUACCCAGAAAUUUUUUCAAACUUUGGAUCAAUCCCAACUUGUCAAACUUAGCCUGAAUAUUCAUCAUAACAAUCCUAAUCAAACCAGAGGGACACAGAACCCCAAUUAUUAAUAAGCCGUGCCCUGUAUGAUCAAUGCGGGUAAAAGAUUUGUCAACUAGUGAUGAAUUUUUAGGGGAGAGAAAGAACGAACUUGAGAUUGAACAGAUCAAUUUUGUAUGUGGACUGAACCACACGAAAAUUAUAAAACAAGAAGGUUUCGUAUCCUACCUCACAAGAAAUUGCUAUAUGUUAGUACUAUAUGUCCUAUUUUUAUUGUUAAUUUUUAAUGUUUAUAUGUUUACCUCGAACAAUUGAAGGUCAACGUGCACUGAAUUAUCCUCUAGUCAUCUCGCGGCACUAAUCACUGUGAUAAAUAUUUGUUGUUCACUUAUCUCAUCACUUAUCUAAUUUUAAGCAAAUUAGCAUCGAUUCGCUUGUCUGCUCACACACUACCGAACUGUCACUCGAACUUCCACGCUGUCAGCCAAGAAUCUGCCACUUCACCAUGGAAGACUCCAACCCCAAUUCGGAUGUCUCGUACCCAGUAGCACUACCCUCAGGACCCAGCGCGCAGGCGGAUGCGGCAAUAGUUGACGACGCUCCAUCCAGCACUCCCACUCCAGUGGACGACGAGGCAGAGACCCCAAGGAGUCGCGAGCCCGGCAGCAUAUCCUCCAUGGGUUUCAACACCAAUAACCUGGGCCAGCAUUCGUCCACCCAGCUCGAGCUCCAGGAUGUACCAACCGCUUCACCUCCAUAUGCCGCUCCUUCGAUACCUGCAAAUAAAGAAAAAACAUUAUUUGAGGAUACUCGCGGACCUCUAUCAAUAGCACUGGCAAACAGCACCCUUGCUACAAACGAACAGUUGAUAUUUGAGAUCGACGAACGAUGGAAGAAGGACCAAAAAAUACGCCAGGAAGAGAGAGACCAGGACCGAGCAGAACAGAGGGAGAAAGAGCGCAAGCAACAGGAAGAAAGAGACAAGGACCGAGCAGAACAGAGGGAGAAAGAGCGCAAGCAACAGGAAGAGAGAGACAAGGACAGAGAAGAAAGAAACAGGGAUCGAGAAGAACAGAGGGAGAAAGAGCGCAAGCAACAGGAAGAGAGAGACAAGGACCGAGCAGAACAGAGGGAGAAAGAGCGCAAGCAACAGGAAGAGAGAGACAAGGAUAGAGAAGAGCGGAGAGAGGAGUACAGACAAUUCUUUGCUUACAUGGAUAGCAAAACUACGGCCAUCCUAGGACAGGUCGACCAGAGGAUUGCUGAACAAGCCCAGGAAAUUAAAGAUAAAAUCACCGAUGAUCUCAACAUCCGAAUGGAUGAGAUGUCCCUAAAUAUGGAGAGCAAACUUACCGAAUUGAACACAAGCUUGCGGGUCGACAUAACCAACGAAACCCAAAAGCUAGAAAAGCGGAUGACGGAGAAAAUAGUUGACCAAAUAAAGGUGACCGAGGAACAGACCCGAGCACAUUUGCAAAUUGAAUUAAAAAAUCAUCACACUAAGUGCGAAAGUGGACGCCAGCACUUAGAACAAGAGCUUAAAACUGCUAUUCGAGCCGUGAGCACCUCCGUGGAUCUGGUUAGUCUUAAAAUUGAACAAAAUGCAGAGAACCAGUUAACCCUAGAGAGCCGAAUAGACCACCUAUCGGAUCAACAGAAAAAUCUAAGCGACAAGGUCAAUUCCAUGCAAGAUGGCAUUCAAGAGCAAAAAACCCAGUUCGAAAGGAGAAUGGCCGCCACAGAUUCUAAAAUCAUGCAUCUGGAAUCCCGAAUGACUUUGGCCCCGAACCUGAAUGGUAGUUGCACACCUGCCGACAAUUCUAGCAUGUUAUCCCUCGUCAACAAUCUAGAAAAAUUUAAUAAUACGCCACAGUCCAUACAGCCGAAACCUUUCAUAAACCAGCUUAAAUCCAUACACCAACUAGUACCUACCCCCUGGCCAAUAUGGCGUCUCAAACUAACCGCUCUUCUGUCGGGUGAACCACUAUUGUUUUUCCACAACUGUGCCCAGGAGAUAAAGACGUUCGAAGAAUUCGAAAAAGUUUUCCUAGAGAAGUAUUGGAGUGCAGGGAGACAACAAGGUUUGUUGGCAGAAAUUGUCUCUAGCCAGUACGACACACGUGUGGAUAAUUCCUACACCACCUUCAUCACCCGGCUCCGGUAUUUGAAUACGCAGCUUGAUAAUUCAGUACCCGAACCCGUGCUGGUAAGAUUAAUCAUAGAUAAAAUGCCGAGAUACAUACGACUCGCAUUGGCCACCCACCAAGUUACCAGCUUCAAAGAGCUGGAAAAUUAUCUACAUUGUCUACAGACCGUGGAUGACAAGCCCCAAGGUCGAAAUAGACAGAGCGACUUCCGCCAGAAUGACCACGCUCCCAAUCAACAUCCGCUUGCCACCGUCUCACCGAACUACGCACCCCAUCGCAAACCCGACAACAGAGAAGAGUACCAAGUCACUUCAUCUAGCCACGGACAUCGUAAUCCAAAUCGCCCACCACAAACAUAUAACAACAACCAAAGAAACUUCAACUCCACUUAUAAUAACCCAUCCCAUUACGACGGACGAGACCAAAUUCAACGGCGCUCAAAUAACAACAACCCAAACCAACAACAUCGAAGGGAGAACAUAAUAAACACCGACCGGACACAGCAGAAACCGCAGUAUAAAGAAGCUUCUGGAGGCCAAGUUAGCAAACCCGGACCUAGCAACCAGAGUAAUUCACCGAACUCCUGACUAGGCGACCGUGCCUGUCUUCAAGCACUGUUAACACAUGUGAAUUCCAGACCGGCCAAUAUGUUAGCAGCGCGAAACCAGGACAGGCGACGACUAUGUUAUCAGCAUCGUCACCCGAAGCACGUGAGGUAUAAACCCCGUCAAUUGGCUAACAACGACCAAUCCCUUCAAACCUAUCUACCCCUCGAGAUUGCCAGUACCAGAUUAGAAGAAGAAGUUAACUGCUGUAUAAAUUUCCGAGACGACAUUCCAGAAGCGCUGAUAGAAGAAACUGAUAACCUACCGCAGAAAAUAAAUGCCUGUUAUCAAACCUACAUUACAAUCCAGCUAGCAUCAUUAAACCUCCGCGCAUUGAUCGACACUGGUUCUCAAUGUAGCUUGAUACAGAACGACUUAUAUAAUCAAGUAAAAAGUACAACUGAAAUCGCUACGCUACCUCUCUCGUCAACUUACCUAUCAGGUAUCAAUCCAGGACGUCGCCUUAGAGUAACGACCCCAGGCCUCCUUGAAAUCCAGGACGAGCAGCAACAGUUACCGCACACAAUCCCAGAUCCACCUGCAAGCAGAACACCCCCAAGUAUUGAGAAUGAUAGUUCACAUUACCACAAAACAAAAGCAACAAACUUCAAAUA